AUGGAAUUUAUCUUAAAAUUUACAGCUUUAGUAAUUUUUACAAAUGUUUUUGGGGUAGCUGCGGCUAAGAAAUCAAAUAAGCUUUUUGAUGAAGAUGUUCCCGUCAGUCCAAAAGCAGCUGAAUGUGUUUUUGACAAGCAACGGUAUGAAUUGGGCUCUCUUUGGACUCCUGAUCUGGGACCACCAAUAGGUAUUCUGUCAUGCAUGAGAUGCAAAUGUGUACCGUUCCAAAAGAAAAGAAGAAUAGUUGCCAGAGUCCAUUGUCACAGUAUAAAAGAACAAUGUCCAAAACCAAAAUGCGAAGAGCCAAUCAUGCUUCCAGGAAGAUGUUGUAAAAUUUGCCCUGGAGAUUUAAGCCCAGAAACAGCUCAAGAUAUUCUUCCACAGAAUAUUGUAGAAAUAGAACAAAAUACGAACAAACAUUUUGUGUCCUUACUGACCUCGCUUAAAGCAAAUUCCUUGAAUGAAACUAGUUUGGUAGCCACUGGUAGAUUCUCCUUCAAAGAAAAUAGCCUCUACUAUUCCUUCUAUACUUCAGAAAAAGCUGGAAGACCUCAAAAAUUACAAUUUAUCGAUACCCAAGGAAAUAUUCUGGAAGAAUUCUCUAUUUUCAAUUCUACCAACAACCCCUCUUAUCAAGACGCGCCUCAGAAAAUCUGCGGAGUAUGGAGAAGAUUGCCUAAAGGCUACCAAAAAAUGCUGAGGCAGGAAAAAAUAUAUGCAGUGUUAGUGUGGAAAACUAAAGGUCAGGAGCUUACUAUAAGUGGCUCUGUCAAGAAAAAUAAUGCAUUGGAAUCAGAAUUGCUAAGUUCUUUACUGAAACCGGAACCUACCUCAAACAGUAUAGGAGCAGCAGGUACCGCAAUGGUAUCACUCAUUACAAACUCGACCGUUAAAAUUUCAGUAAUUUUCAAUGGCCUAUUCAUGCCUUCGGAAAUAGCCAAUGUUCCAAUUAAAAUAACUCUAUCCCUGAAAAAGCAUCUUGUUUUUGAAGAAACUAUAAACAUUUUAAAACCAGCCAGUGAUCUGAAUACCAUCGAAUUCAAUGUAAAAAUGUCUGAAGACAACUUUACACGUUUGACUAAAGGAGAGAUGAUAUUGAAUAUUGCAUCUGUUUCCAAUCCACAGCAACUAAAAUUAAGUGGAAACAUAAUGACAAGAGCUACAUGCGAAAUGUUUCAGGCUACACUAGCUUCAUCUGAGCCAGGCAUGUCCUGGCUUUAUUUGAACAAUGCUGGCUCUCUGAUUUACAACGUUUAUAUCGGCAAUAGCUCUCAACCUAACGCUAGUCUUGUACAUGCUAACUCCAAAACCAUGACUGAAGAUACAAGUUUGACUCUCAAGGUUCAAGAAAAUGGCUGGGCUAAUGGUACAAUGGAUAAAGUAACUCCAGAAGUUCUUCAAUCAUUAUAUGCGGGUGAUUUGUCUAUUAAUGUAGCUACAUCUAGUCAAAAAAAUAUAGAAGGAAGACUAAAUGUAAAGUAUAUGGAUGAAGCUAGAGACUCUGCAGCACCAGUUUUGUUGAAAGAGCAGAGCUCCCUAGCAAUGAAUAGUCUUGGAAUGGCUUGGGUAUCUGUAGACAGCGACUGCUACUUACAUUACGAUGUUUCGCUUGAGGGCCUUAAAAGUGACCGCAAAUUGGAGCUCUGGAUGGAGUUGUACCCUAUCAUUGCACCUGGAGCGCCAUUUAUCAAUAAACCACUGGAGUCCUUCCAAGGUACAUCCAUAGAAGGCUCUCCCGUUGAGGUGCUUACCAGAGAUGAAUUGAGUAUGCUGGAGAAUGGAGUUAAUUAUUUAAAAGUAAAGGAUGCUGGUAGCGAAGUGGUUUUGCUUAUGGCAACUGUAGUUAAGGUUCCUAUCCCUGCCUCCUGCACGCCGUAUAAUUCAUUAGACAAGACGGUUUUCCUGGACGACCUUCCGGAAGUUGUACAGUCAGACAAAUGUUUCUUUGAAGGCAAGUUUCACAAGAACGAAGAAAUCUGGGUUCCAGCAAACAACUCUUGCCAAAUGUGUUUCUGCCAAAAUGGAAAAGCCAGGUGUGACUUGACGACAUGUCCCGAACUCAGUUGCACAUUUGGUAGAAAAACUAUUGUGGAAGGAGAAUGCUGUCCUGUUUGUACCAACGAUUCUAUGAUUGUUUCUAGCGCGAAAGGACCAAAGUGUGUUUUGAAUGGAAAAUCAUAUCUCUCAGGUUCCAAAUUCCAUCCAUUUCUCUUGCCAAUUGGAUUCGAUUUGUGCACUGAAUGCUACUGCGACCACCAACAAUACCAAAUCAAAUGCAUUCGGUUGACUAAUACCGAAAAGUGCGGCAACAGAAAGAAUGUGGACAUUAACGAUCCAUUUUCUGAUGACUUCAUGGAAAAAGUUAGAAAUCCUCAAAUCACACAAAAGGAAAACCCUGCUGUCAAAGUUCUAUCAGAAGGAGGCUGCAAGAAUCCCAUAAACGCUAAUAAACCCUAUAUUAAUGGAAGCAAAUAUCAUCCAUUUAUAGAUUCCUUGGGAGAGUACAAAUGUGUUACUUGUAAAUGUCAGGAUGGUAAUGCCCAGUGCAGCAGACAACAUUGCGACAAGUCCACAUGCAAGCAAAUGUAUGAAAUAAAAAGAAAAAAAGGAAAAGUCAAUGCAUCUGAGUUUUGUUGCUCCUUGAAGGAUUGCAGAAAGAUGCGAUACAAAAAGAAAGCAAAUUAG